CUCAGGAAAGUAUUUUUAAACAUUGUGCUAAAUAAAUUACUGUUUGAAGCAAAUGUGCAGUGGUAUUAAGUGCAAUGUGUUAGAUUUUCGUAAGAGACAGUUUCUUGCAAUAUACAGAUAUACUCCAUGAAAAGAUUGGUUCACAAAGAGGAUUGGCAUUCAUUGAAAGCUACUGGUGAAGAAAAAGGCAGCAAUUUUUAAACUGAUUUUUCCUUUCCAUUGCUGACACCAUUAUCUUUUUGCAUAUUGUUCUGGAGGUUUUCACAAUGCUUAGAACAGCUUUUGGAGAUACUUUGCUGCAGUGGAAUGGAACUGACAAAAAUCACUGCCCAGUUUUUCCUCUACGAUACAAACUGUGGUCUAAAUUCUACAUCCCACUGACUAUAAUAUGCGUGUUAUUCUCAAUAUUGUGAAUGCGUCUUUCAACCAUUAAGAAAAUGUAAAACAUUUUGGAAAAGAAUUCACGACACUGUGAUAUAGUGAUAAAAGCUGAGAAAAAAAUACAAUCAAAAUGGAAAAUGGAAAAGAACAGACAAUCAAUUGUGAUAUGAAAACGGAUCUGAAUUUACUCCUUGAAUGUCUUAAGUAUCAAAUGGACCAUCCAGCUUCUCAAAAAGAAGCCUUGGUUACUAUUUAUUCGGUUUGUCAACAAAACAGUGCUGCCUGUGAUUAUUUUAGAGAAAUAGGUGGUUUGAUGUUUGUAUGGAAUCUUGCAAAGUCACAAGUGCACAGUUUGGUUCAAGAAGCUGCUUUAUUUACAUUAGGAGGUUUAGCUGAGAAUAACGUGUUCUGCCAACAGAUGUUAUGCACAGCUGAAUUAUUUAAGGAUCUUCGUACAUUUUUAACUAAUAAGGAUUCAAGAAUGAAUUUGAAAAGAAUGUCUGUAUAUGUCUUACUGGUGCUGGUUUCAAAUAAUAACAGUGGACAAACACAUGUGAGAGAAUCUGGAUGCCUUGAUACUCUGCUACAGUUAUUCAGAGUAAUUCCUUCAGAAUCUCAAAUGAACCUUUUCGAUCAUAAAAUUGAUCAGUAUCAUCUGUGGUCCUCAGUUUGUAGUAAUCUUUGUGCAUGUGUCAACAAUCCUCAGAAUGAGGAAAAUCAGAAAGCCUGUAGUUUGGUUUUCCCAUAUGCAAAAGAUUGGCUGCAAAGUAGUAUGAAGGCUGAGAUAAUUUGUCCAAUAUGUUCAUUCAUUGGGCUCACCGUUGCAAAUAAUUCAAGAACACAGAUUUUUUUUAUUUCUAUUGGAGGAUUAGCUGUUAUGGAUGAGCUUCUUCUCAAACUGAUACACGGUUCAUUGGGGAACAAUGCAAAUAUAAAACUUGCUGUAGUGGUGACAAAAACAUUAGAUGCCUGCAUUGCUAAUAAUGCUGCAGUUGGCAUUCAUUUACCAAAGUAUAACAUUGUGCCUAAUCUACUGAAACUGCUUUCUUACAACAUUUUGGACUCAGGAGAGCGAUUCAGCAUUAUACUUACUCUUGGACAUUGUACAGAAGUCUGUGAGGAAAAUCAAUAUGCUCUGGUUAAGAACAAUGGCCUUCCACUUAUGAUUCAAGCACUAACUGAAACGCAGGAUGAUGAACUAAAUAAAGCUGCCACCUUUGUGUUGCAAAACUGCAAACAGAUGACUGAAAAAUUGUCGGCGAAGAUGAAUCAGCAUUUGUUCCAAGAGGAUGAAAGAAGAAUAUUGGAAGUAGAUUGGCAGAACAAAGAAAGGAUUCUUGAAGAUUAUUGGAAUGAAGCAAAGCAAAUUUUAUACAGAAUCACAGGGCUUGAAAAUGAACAAGAGGAAAGUAUCAGAAGAGAAAUGUUAAUUGAUGAGGAUACCCCUCAAGAAAAGUUUCUGCAGGCUAUGACCCAACUUCGUCGAACAAAUUCCAGCAAGCACCCUUCAGAGAACAGCAAAAUAUAUUCAGAAAUGAAAUGCCCACUACAAAAUACUAUUUCUAAAGUGCGGAAUACUUCUAAAAUUGAAAAGAUUUGUUCUAGUAAAGAACAACUGAAGCCUGCCAUUUGGAAUUCAACUGAUGCUUCACUCGCUCAAAAUGAUCACAAUAAUCUUCUUUAUGCAGCUGAAAAAACGACAACACCCAGCAUAAAUAAAGCUUAUAUUACAAAUAAAAACAGUUUUCAUGAUUUUAGGAAAGGUGAUGCCCAAGCAAGUGAAUUUGUUUUUAAGAAACCAGAUUUUGUAGUAAAAAGCCCAAUGCAAAAGAUUCAACAUUCAGAGCUACAAUAUCCAAAGAACCCAAGCAGAGGAAUGGGCCAUAUUCAGACUGUUCCCCCUAAAAUAAGAGAUCUCAGAUGUUCAGGUUGUAGAAUAGGAAGACUUUCCUUAAACAGCCGAAACUUUAGCAAGACUCUACAAUCUUGUCAAUAUCUGUGCGAACAACACAAAAUUAUUCUUGAAUCUGAGAUGGAAUAUAAAAGGAAAUUGAGAAGAUCCAUUAUGGUUAACAAGAAUACUUCUGCAUAUAAUUGUAAUUACGAUCACCGGAGAUUCAGCUGCAAGAGAAGCUCAACAAGUAUGAAAGAGUUAGCAAAUUUUCAAUGUGAUGCACAUUCUAAGAACCAAACAAUGGAACAGAAUUAUAGCCUUCAAAACCAGCACCUGAGUGAAAAUCAUCCACUUGAAGAGGAGAAUACUGAAUACUGCAGUAUACAGAAUACUGAAACUCUAUCGAAUAGGUCUACAACAACUUUAAAGAAAAGGAGAAUCAGGAAAGAUUUUACUUCAGAAGAAAUAGGCUAUCUUUUGGAAGGUGUAAGGAAAAUGGGGCAUCAUUGGAAUUCAAUUUUAUGGGCCUACCCAUUUCAGAAAGGACGGACAAAUGUUGAUCUUGCUAAGAAAUACUGCAAGUUACAGAAGAAUGUAAAGAGCAGAAAUACCCAACCUCGGUGAAAAUGGCCUAUAUAAGCAAAGCUGAAUGUGUGUCGUUUACAAUGUAUGACUUCGGCGGCUCCUUUGCAGAAUACUUGCUUUGUUGUAUCUGGAGAUUUACACAAUCUGGCUCUUUUCCACCGACAGACUUAAAUUUGAAGAUAACGUUAUUUGCCCUAGUGCAAUUAUGUUGCCUAUCGAUACUGCUGCGUACAUUAAAAGGACCGCAUGGUCUUUUAAGGAAGCGCAUCAUACGAUACCAUCUGUAAAAAAAAAUUAAAAAAAAUAAAUUUGAAA